CGGCCGAGAUGUACGUCCUGGGGGACACCACGUACGGCAGCUGCUGUGUGGACGAAGUGGCCGCCGAGCACGUGGGUGCCGAGGCGGUGCUGCACUACGGGCCGGCCUGCCUCAGCCCCUGCAGAAAGCUCCCGGUGCUGCACAUCUUCGGGCAGCAGCCCCUGGACAUCGGGCGUUGCGCAGAGGCCUUCCGGGAGCUCUACCCCGACCGGCAGAGCCGUGUGGUGGUGCUGAGCGAUGUGGUCUAUGCCCACGCGAUGGGUGAGCUGGAGCAGCAGUUGUGCCCCGAGUACCCCAACAUCGUUUUCUCCAGGGUGGUGUGCGGGGACCCUCCUGGCCCUGCACCACCCAGGGAGGUGUGGCGGUUUGGUCGCCAGUUCCUGGUGGAGGCGCCGGGAGGGCUGCAGGACUGCGCCAUGUUCUACGUGGGAGCCGAGGGCCUGGCCCUCACCAGCUUCAUGCUGACCUGGAACUGCUGCCCCUUCAGCUCCUUUGACCCUGCCACCGGCUGCGGCCGCCGCGAGACCCUCAACGUCAACCGGGCCCUGAUGCGACGCCUCUACCUGGUGGAGCGGGCCCGGGAUGCCCGGGUGGUGGGCAUCCUGGUGGGCACCCUCGGCGUGGCGGGCUACCUGGCCGUGCUGCAGCACCUCCGGGAGCUCCUGCGACAGGCCGGCAAGCGCAGUUACACGCUGGCUGUGGGGAAGCCGAACCCCGCCAAGCUGGCCAACUUCCUGGAGGUGGACAUCUUCGUCCUGGUGGCCUGCGCUCAGAACUCCCUGCUGGACUCCAGCGACUUCUACCGGCCCAUUGUGACCCCCUAUGAGCUGGAGCUGGCCUGUAACCCAGCCCGCGAAUGGACGGGGAACUACCUCACUGACUUCCGAGACCUGCUGCCAGGUGCCUGUGCGCACGUUGAGCUCCCACCGGUCGUCCCUGCAGCGGAGGCCGUUCCUGACAUCUCGCUGAUCACAGGGGAGAUGCGCGCCACCCACCUCUGUGACCCCCUGGCCCCCCAGCUGCCCCCCAGCACCACCCUGGCCUGCAGGGACCAGACGCGGGCCCUCGCAGAGAUCAGCCCUGCUGCCUCCUUCCUGGAGUCCCGCAGCUGGCGGGGCCUGGAGCAGCAGCUGGGGCAGACGCCCGUCUCCAAGGCUGUGCAGGGCCGACGAGGAAUUGCCAUUGCCUACGAGGACGAGGGGCGCAAGCAACCCUGAUUCGGCAGCAGCAUCAGCACCCAGCCAGGAGCAGGGGGCAUGCAGGGGCCUGGGCGUCACCAGGUGUCGGACCCGUGAGGGUGGUCACGAGGGUCUGGACCUGCCACCAACUGGCCCCGUGCUGGGUGUGGCCUUGGGUCAGUAGUACUGCGGUGGGAGAGCAGGAGUUGCAUGUGUGUGGGUGAUGCCCGCGGCACCCCGGGCUCACGGCCAGGGCAGCAGCAGGGCCAGGAGAGGCGCUUGGCCCAGACCUGGCCUCCAAGGGCUCCCCACUCCAGGACAGCUUUGGCCCUACAUGGGAAGGGUCACAGCUUCGCACGAGCCGACAGCGCCAGGACUAGAGGCUUAUGUGGGCUACUGCUGCUAACUA